AUGAAACUUUUUCUACUACUUAUUCCACUGCUGGGCUGCAUAAUUGCCACAGGCGCACAGGUCACGCCCAACACAACUGAGAAACAGCCCACAAAUACAACAGCACAGGAUACCACAGCAAAGACCACAGCCAUAAGCUCAACCACAGAAAUCCUCAAAGGAGUCGCCGCCGUGCAGCAGCUACGGAAUAUAGUGAAACCAAGCUCUUUUGACUUAAGUCCCGUCAAUAAUUUAUUUGACAAAAUUGAGAAUGAUAUAGCUUUGUUAUCCUUCAAUUUGCAAGAGCAAAUCGAACAAGUACCUCAACCUAGUUCAAUGCAACUGCAGCUUACCAGAACUAGUUUGGUGUCACUAAAUCAAACUGUCAAAUUUCAGCAGUCGCUUUACAACACUACGACGAAAGUAAAUGGUAAAAUGGAGCGUACUGUACACAAUAUUGAUUUGCUGGCGCGGGAGCAGCAGCUAAUUAAGGAUCAAAUCAAAGGCAUUAAAAAAAAAAUCAUCUUUUUUCAGCAAGAGCUGCUCCACAGCUCUCUGGAUAUUGAUAAUAGUCUCUUACAGCUGACUGAGCUUAUCUCACGCGCCGUGCUGCCCCGAUUGUCGAGUCUGAACAGCUCCUUCAGCAGCCUGAAUAUCUCUCAGUCCGAUUUGCCACAAGAGCUGCAGAAUGUGGAACUAGUCAAAGCUGUCCACGAGGUAUCCAUCAACAAACUCAACUUCUUGGAUCUGCAGUUGGCCUACUUGAAUGGCACUCAGAACGCGCAGCUGCAUAAACUAACUGAAGCCGUCAUGCCUUUAUCUCCAGAGCAGCUAAAGGUAAUUGACAAGGGUCUACAAGAUUUGGUUGUCGCCCAGAAACGCAUCGAUUUAAAAUUGACCAUUUACGAUAAGUGGAGCGCUUUCCCGGCAAAACCAAAGAUCAAUGAGUUAAAGAGUGGAUCAGCCAAAAGAGCUACACAAAUCAAUAAGUCUACAAAUCCGAAUCCUGAACCAGCAGCUGAAUUCUAUCGGGAUCCUCCAAUAGGAACGCAAGCUAAAGCUCAGAUAAGCACAAAACAUCCUAGAUAA